UGAAACGUCAAAAUAACAGCAUUACUCGUUAGAUUCCACACGUGUUUCUGAUUUGUGCUCCAAUUUAAUUAAUAUUUUCAAAGUUUCCUGCUUAAAUAUUACUUGGAUCUUUACAUUAAAUUGUCCUGAAAAUGGCCACAAGUCUCGCAGCUCAGCUGCAGCGUUUGGCAGCUCCGCAGACAUCGUUGCUUUACGACAGCCGCAAGAAGCCCUCGAUUUUGUUCGAUGCCAAUCAGGCUGCCUCCAAGGAUCGGGAAGUCAUUUAUGACAUCGGAAUCAGUGGAUUGCACGAGCUGAUUCAGUUGAAUCCUAUUUUUGCGCAAUUUGAAGAUACACUGUUCGAUAAGACGUCGAUCGAUUUGCAGCGCUCCGUGGAGAACAAGGAACUGAACCUGAAGUUGGACACCAACAUCCAGAAGUUUUUCUUCCAUGUUUCGCCUUAUUUCCUGCUGCAACCCGCUCACAAGUGUCUGGAAUGGCUGAUUCGUCGGUAUCACAUCCAUGAAUUCAACCGGGAAGAUUUUGUGCGAUUGAUUCUUCCGUACCACGAAACAUUGAUGUUCGUAAGGUGUGUUCAGAUUCUGCAAAUCCCCGGUAAAAACGAUCCGUUGUAUUGGUUGAAUGGAGUUAAGAAAAGUGGCAGUCCUCUUGCAAAAAAGGCAAUCAUUAAUCAUGCCGCUGGACAUCCAGGAUUUUUGAGGACCUAUGGGGAGUUUUUGGAACGAGCAGUGAAGGAAUUGGAUAGUAAAGCCAACGUUCUCCAGGCUAUGAUAGCCUUCUAUUGUACGAUGACGAUUGGAGUGUUGGACGCAGUUGAUUCUGUGGGCGAGAAUUUGGUUACUGCUCUCCUGCGGACCCUCAUCAAGGGCUUGAACUCAAAAGCAAUUGAUUUCACUGCCACAAGCUACAUGAUUGUCGGGCAUCUCGUUACGAAGACCAGCUUGGCAAAACAGACCCUGGAAAGUUUCCUCAAAAGGCUGUGCGUGUUGAUUCAUCCUUCUCUGUCGGGAGAUGCUACCAUGCUGAUGGUUUUGAUUUCGGACACGCAAAAAGAACAGCUUGGUGAAUUUUCAGACGAAUUGGUUGCUUCAAUCCUAGGAGCAAAGUGGCUUCCGUUCGCGUUGUCUCGGAUCAAAAAAGACGGAAUUAAUGUUACGCCGCUGUUCCGCGCUAUCUUGGAGAAAUGUUUAAAGAAGAUUUGCCAGCAGGACGAAAAUCUAGAGGCUUGUAAGAAAUUCUGCGAGGGUUUGUUACUGGAGAUAACACUUGAUGCAAAUGAAUCGGAAUCAAUUGUGCAGUGUGUCUUGAAUUCGUACUUCCAUAAAAGUAGCGCUCCAGCAACGAAUGCAAGUUCGGACGACAAAUCCUCGGAAAUCAUCAGCUUGGAUUCGGAUGAAGAAGAUUUCGAACGCAAAGAUGAAACCGUAACCCUUUGGUAUUCGGGAUUCUUGAAGCAACUCGAAAACCAGUACCCGACAGCUUUCGAUAACGUUGUGAAACGUAUAAUGAAAGGACAAGGCAAUUUCUCUCAGAACAAAAGAAACGCUUUGAGGAAUGUUCUCGGGUUUUUAACGCAAGCUGCGUACAGUGAAGACGAUACAAGCAUCUUUGAGAAUCUGUUCCACUAUGACGCUGAUCGUAGAACGGAUGCUGUUCGAUAUUUGGUAGAUAAUUUCAAGAACAUCAGUCUCAAAGGCGAUGGCAACUGUGAAUUGCUGAAGGACAGUGUCAAAGAACGUUUGAAUGACGACAAUUGGGAGGUGGUUGCAGAAGUUAUGAAACUAGACAUUGGGGACUUGAUCACACUAAUUGGCAAAGAUGAGCUCAUCGAUAAAUUGAUCAAAAUAAGCUUAAAGUGCAUGAAAGAUUUGGAGAGAUGGGAAGCGGUCACAUUGAAGGUAAUCGAUGUCCUAACCGACAAAAGGCUUUACCAAGGUACAAAUCUUAAUAAGAUCAUAAUUGCGUUGUACCCAUUCCUAUUCCCUCCGGGGGACGAUGAUCUGGGUGCAAAAAUUGCCCAAAAAGUUCUAUCGUCGGAGUUUUCCCGUAGACACAACAUCCUCAUGUUGUCAAUGAACAAAAUGGACAACAUAGAUUGCGAAUCAAUUUUGGAUACCCUGGAAGCGAUGCUCGGCGAAGGCCAGAAUUUCCACGCCAUUCAAGUAUGCUUCAACGUGCUGUUGGUCGCUUCGUCGCUUCCUCAAGACGCUCCAGUUGCGUUGGCCACUCGAGUGUUUGAUUUCGUGAUACGACUUUUGAGUGGUCGUUUCAAAUAUGCUCCUUCGUCCAGUUUGAGCUGUUUGAAGUACAACCGACUGCCGAUGGAUAUUCACGUGAUUGCCACUGGUUAUUUGAUCGAUCGUGUUAGAUUUGUCGAGGAAGCCCAGGACUAUACCAACCAAUCCGCAUCGUUCAGCUUGCAGUUGAAGAUUUUCGGCCUGUUGACGGCAAAGUAUUUCGGUAUGGAUGAAGAGCAUGCAGAAAUCAAGAAGGUGUUCGGCAAAGAAAUUAGCAAGUUUUUGAAGCUGUUGUACCCGCAACCGGAGCGGAGAGUAGAGUUUUUGACCAGCUUUUAUGGGGCCCACUUGGUCGAAGGCCAUGUAACCAGCAAACAGAUGGUGCAAAUCGAUUCGGAAAUGCAAGUCCAAGCUUUUAGGCUGUUGAAUGCAAUGCUGACACAAAUCGGUUUCAACUUAAAUCCGGACAUUCUAGCGAAUGUUCUGCUCGGAUUGACCUCGGAACUGUCGGUCAUACGCGAAUGUGCUCUGAGAACCUUGGAACUAAUCUCUUCCGAAAAUCGAUCCUGCCUGGAUCCACCGUACAAAUCUUUCCUGAAAAAACUACUGAAACGUCGGGAAGAGCUAUCGAUGGAUGGUGAGCAACUGUCGCUUGUGAUGUUUACGGUCUUCUCCUACGAUAAGAACAAACUCAUGGGCAACGUUCUUGCCGAUCUGGUUAACAAAAUAACCAACACUAACACGCCGGAAUAUGUGGCAGCUGGAUUGUUGGACAUCCUGAAGCUGCUGGACGAUGAGGACAUUUUCGUUCAAGUAGUCGAUCGAGGAAUUCGGAUCUUGAAACGGGUCAUGGCCGGGACCAGCGUUUCGUUCGAUAUGUUUGAGUCGAAGCUGCUGAAGUCGUUGAUAGCGAGAAUCAACCCGAAUACGACCAAGAAUUUGACGCGCGAUGACCGUUGUCGAGAGUUUGUUCAAUUUUCCCUGAAGAAUCAUCUUCCGUUGCGUUGCUUUGAACGAAAGCACGUUUCGACGUCAAUUCUGAUGAUUGAGGCCAUCACCGAGGAGCUGUUCGGGACAUUCCCCAAUGCGUAUGCUGCUGAGAUCAUUAAGUUGGUCGUGGAAGCUGCCACCUUGUCGCAAAAUUCUGAGACGAUUAGUACUGCCGGAAAACUUUUUAAGAGUUUGAAACUGGAUGUCUCGUUAGUGCUGGACAUUUUGGACCGCAUGAAGGUUCUGCAGCGCAAUCGCAAUGAGAAGAGAAAAUCCAGGAAUUCUUUGAUUCCGACCGACUCGGUGUUUGCAUCGACAGAAUGGAAGUGCGGAGUGACUUUGUUGGAGUUGCUCCAGAGCAGAAAUCAGUUGAUCAACAAAGAGCGAUUGAUUCCAAAGUUGUUCGAAGUUCUCAAGUUCUGUUUGGAUUUUGAAGAACAGUCAGGAGUGGAGUACGUCAAGCAGAUGAUUCUAUCUCUGUUGUUCAAUUGUUGUACCAGUCUGGAGGACAAUUCGGAAAAGAGUUCGAAUAUUCCGCAAACCACUUUCAAGGUGGAAUUGAUUGUCCAGUGUAUCCGAGCGACUCAAAAUCCACAAACGCAUCACCAUGCAUUGUUGCUUCUAGCUCACGUUGCUCAUUUGGUGCCGGGUCAAGUUCUGCACAACAUGAUGGAAAUUUUCACGUUUAUGGGUUCUUCCAUCGUAAGACAUGAUGACGUUUACAGCAUUCAGAUCAUUUCCAAAAUUAUAGAAACUAUAAUUCCAACUUUGGCCAUGGAGAAAAAGUCCGGAAAGAAGGAGGCAAAAGUUAUACCGAUUCUGAAAAUUUUCUCAGAUGUAAUUUUGGAUGUUCCGGAGCAUCGUAGAAUUCCACUUUACACAAAACUGAUCCAAACCUUAGGUGCUGCCGAACAUCUAUGGAUGUUCCUGGGUGUUCUGCUGGAAUCAGAUGUAAUGAAAGGUGGAAAAAAGGCGGAUGUGGAUUCUAGCAGGAAACGCCAUAAAGGGGAGUCGGAACAGUCGCCGAAUUUCAGCAAGAGGGUAGAUAUUGCAAUGAAUAUCGCCAGAGAAUUCGAACCACGUGUGGUUAUGGAAACUUGCAAUCAAUUGCUACAGUACAUUAUGGAGCUGCCGGUGCAAAUAGAAACGAAGGAAGAGCGUAUGGAGGUUGACAUAACGGAUACGAGCAUAUUUAGUAUCGAAGGGCAUACUAAUAAGCAGCUGAGGCAUUACCGUUACUCGACGAGCUUGUUUAUCACCUCCUUGGUUCGUUCGACUCAAAUCAUCAACAAGAUUGCUUUGCUAGAUGAUAGUGAAACCGACGCCAUGAGGGUCUACUACCGGGAGCUGAUCGUUAGCAGUUUGGCGUACAUAAACGUAGUGGCAAAAAUUGUGGAGAAGGCUCGCAGCGAGAACGACCAGCGCGAAUUGAACUAUUGGGAGAUUUCGCUGACCAAGUGCUACGAAAUUCUCGAGGGAAUCAUAUCCCUACUCGCUCCCGCAAUGAUGAUAACCGUGUUUGGAGGCCUGCUCAGGCAUCGUUUGCUGAUUGUUCGUAUGAGAGUGAUCGAUAUUUUCAACAAGAAGCUACAAUACGAACAGAACUACUUCGACGAAAGUCACCACCCUAAAUUGCUUGAAUUGUUAGGUCCGUUGCUGGCAUUGGUCAGAGGAAUUCUUAAAGAAGAGAAUGUAGUUGGAAGCCAUUCAGGGCGCUAUAAGAUUGCACAGGAAGCAUAUCUAUCUUUCAAGCAUCUCUCAAAGUUGCUUGCUCAAAAGCAUCCAGCCGAAUUCAAAGAGGUUCUCAACGGAUUGGUUCAAGAGCUGCACGACUACAAGAAGGAUCCCAAUUCUUCCUUGUUAGCAUCGUUAAUUUUGUGCAUUGGUGAAGUCAGUGUCAAUGUCGGUGCCCAUUCGAUCCCAUUCCUACCGAAAUACAUACCAAUGUUGACCAAAUUCGUCGCCAUCCAAGUGCAAAAGGAAGAACCAUUCGAUGUGCUAACCAGCAGUAUCGUAACAUCAAUACUGAAAAUCGUUGAUUCUCUUUCGCGCUUCCUCAGCCCUUACCUGAAAUCGAUAAUCGUUGGAAUUGCCAAACUACACGCUAAACUCGGCGAUAGCUCAGAUCCUCGCUUGACAAAUAUCUCCACUCGUUUGUCUCAGACGUGGGAAAAACUUGCAGCCCAAGUGCCUUUACGUUUGCUCAUUCCUGCCAUCGAAGAUAGUUACUCGGUUGUUGUCAAGGAAGGAUCACUGGAUGCAAUUGGCCCUCUCAUGAAGCUUCUAUCCAACUCAUUCAACAAUAUUCAAACCAGCGAAUUCAACACCCUCCAGUCGGAACUGUCCGACUUCUUCCUGUCGGCGCUUCAAUUCCGCUGUGACAACUCAUCAAGCGCAAAAUUCCUUCCACAAUCGGUUGACAUAGCUGAAGAACAUGUCAUCAAAGCAUUUGUCGUAUUGAUCCUGAAACUCUCGGAAAGCACCUUCCGCCCAUUGUACUACAAAGUGUUCGAAUGGGCUAAUCGUGACACUUCGACUAACGAUCGCGCCAUUACAUUCUUCAACCUGUCCAGUCACGUGGCUGAGGCUCUCAAACAUCUCUUCGUACUUUUCGCCAGUGAGCUCAUCACAAAUGCUGCUAAACUUCUCGAUGCCACCAACGCCGCCAAAACUACCGACGAAGAAGAUCUGUUCUUCCCGAUACCUAGCAAGAACGUUACCCUCAUUCGGUACAUUCUGCGAACCCUGCUGAGCAUUCUCGUGCACGACAACCAGAACUUUAUCAAUUCAGUUCGUUUUGACACGAUGCUGCAACCGAUCUCUGAUCAGCUGGAGAACACCCUAAUAUUCGAAGACAACGAAAUUCGCGGCUUGGUUGUAAAUUGUCUGGCACAGAUGGCAGUCGCCGUUGCGGACGACACUUUAUGGAGACAGCUCAACCACCAAGUCCUGCUGAAAACUCGCAACAAUGACCCGGAAAUAAGAUUAUUUGCCCUGGAAGCGUGCACCGAGUUGGCCCGCAAGAUUGGCGAAAACUUCGCACCGCUUUUGCCGGAAACCAUACCGUUCCUGGCCGAACUACUCGAGGAUGAAAAUCAGGCCGUAGAGAAAGCAGUUCAGAAAACGGUUCGUGAGGUGGAGAAAGUGACCGGUGAACCGCUGCACAAGUAUUUGUAAGCAGUAGGCGAACUACGAUUGACAGUUCGGAAAAGUUUAUGAUUUCUAGUGAGAUCAAAAAUAAAAGCUAAUGUAAUGUGUUUAAAAA